CAUAACCCUACAUCGGUAAGAGGUGUCUUGGUAAAAAACUGUAUACUAUCACCGUUUUUCGAAAUGUCGUUGGAAGAAGACAUUCGGCAUUAUUUUAUGCAGAAUCAUACAUACAGGGAAAUAUUGGUACUUUUACACCUGGAAAAGAAUGUCAGUAUCAGUCUUAGAAGUCUUGAGAAAAUUCUUCGUAGCCUUGGUUUGAGAAGAAGGAGAACUUUGGUUGUGCCCAGAGUUCAGGCAGCAUUAAUGAGAAUCGAGUCGUGGUGGAGGCUAAUGCGGCAAAUGGGAAUAGGCUACUGGAUUGACUAUUUCAAAGAUCUGGAUGACAAUGGGGUAUUGUCCACUGAAAGUCCAGUUCAUGUGGAGUGUCUGAGGUUUUGUUUUACGAAGUUGCUUCAGAAAGAACUUGAUGAAUUGAGAGAACAGUGGAAUUUGCAUCGUGUUAGAACUUCGUCAAGUUUUGCUGGAAAGCCAGACCUGCUCUAUCACCACCCAGAACUUUUUGGUGCAAGAGACUACAAAUUUCCAGUAGAGUUUGAGGAUAUUGAUGCUCUAGAAAGAUUCACUGUUAGGACACCACAGUAUGGUUGUCUUGAUGCGUAUGUUGAAGAAUUUCAAAUCCUUCUUGAAAGGAAUGGAAAGGAAAUGCCAGAAACCUGUCAUGAAGCUAUAACCCUUUAUUUAUGGUUAAUACAACAAAUCUGAAAUUGUAAUCUUUGUCCUGCAAGCAUGGCUUGAGUUUGAGGAGGAUAUGUAGCAAAGAUCAAGAGCUAAGUAAAGCAAACUUUAUAGCUCAUGUAAAGAGCAACAACAUUGUCAUACAUUUUAGAUACUAGUAGCAUAAAUAUUGGAAAUGUAAUUGCUAGAAAUAUACCAGAUCACUCUUUUUUUCUUUGGAAAAUCAAUGUAAAUGUUGGAUUGCAUUCACAGGCUCACUGCAUGCCAUCGCAAAGUUAUGACAAUUCCAACUUCAGUAAUAUCCCAGGAAAUUUUCUGUCUGACCAAAGUAUAGUUACACAGUUAAAUGACCUAAUAGCUAAACUAGUAA